GUGAAGCUUUUGUAGCGUCACUGACCAAUAGGAGCCCUUUGUACAAGAAUAUUAAUUAGCUGUCCAUCCUGCAGAAUGGUUACAACAGAACUAACUUACUACUCGUCACGUUUGGGGGUGGGUGGGAAGUUGGGUUAAAAAAAAUCCCAGUGUUCGCGUCACGUGUUCACUCCUAUUGUCGUUCCUGCCGAUAUUCGUCUCCGUGUGUCUUUUUUGAAGCAGGUACGUAACGUGCUGGCCCCUCCCCUCCCGGACACGUUGCCCGGGGAGAGGCUCCACGGGCUAGACGGAAGCCUCCCGCCCUACCCGCCCGCCCGCCGCCGGCCCGGCAGAGUCAGUCUGUUGCUCUCAUGCUGCUCUUUCCACCAGACUGUCCGUCCGCACCACACCACCAGGCGGAGGGAAACACUCGCUUGACUCCCGGUCAGUGGUGCUCUCUAUUGGCUGAAAAUCUGCUUCCAUCAUGUCAUCACCCUCAGACUCUGAUAACUUCACUGACUGGUUCGUCCCUGAUGAAAACAGCAGGGCCUGCCUCAAGAGAUUCACUCCUCCGCAUGCAGAGGCCCCAGUGGUGCAGAUGAUUGCAUCAUUGUCCUCAGCUACUACAUUGAAGGAAUCUCCGACCACCCUAUUUCCCUCUGGUGCCUUCUGGAGGACAAAGAGGAGAAGUGUCUGCUCCAGCUGGGAUGAUGGAGAUUACUGUGUGUCCCCCGCAAACAGUGCAAUUCCCCAGGAGACCCCCAUGGUAUUUUCAGUUAAAGGAGAUAGCCCAGGUUGCAAGCAAGGGCCAUCUUGUGUAUCGCCGAAGUGCCUUUCAAUCAGGAAGAGAACUUUAGAUGGACAUGGCGCUCAUCCUCAACCGGACACUCGAAGUGAACUUUUCUCACUCAAGUGCACGGAGUUGCAGUGCUACGUCCAGCCUCUGUCAUCCAUCCUACGAGGUUUGAGAUCUGGCAGGUACUCUGCACGUCUCAGCAGUUUCCAAGAGAGCGUCGCAAUGGACCGUAUCCAGAGAAUAAUGGGGGUCCUUCAAAAUCCGAACUUGGGGGGACACUUUCUCUGCAUCAUCGUGAAAAUAGAGGAGAUGCUCCGAAGUUGGUUCCCUCGCAUAAGACCAAAUCAGACCCAUGACAGCCCACCUGCGAAAAAGCAAAAGCAGGCUCACAGCAGUGCUGCCUGGUCCCCUGCGUCCGUUUGCUCUUCAGACGGGGCCUUGGUCACCUCCGACUCAUUAAACUACAUCAGACGGCUGCACACUUCACCCGUCUGCUCCCUAGAACAGUCCCAGUCAACACUUGGCCCUCAAAGCCCGAGCCAGGUCGUCACUCAGGACAACUUUGUCUCUUCUACUACUGACUGCCUGCCGUCACCCCCACGCCACACCAGAGGGCAUCAGCGUCCUCUCCCACGGGGGCCGCUGCUUUUCAAGAUCAGCUCGCCGUGUCUGGAAAGACUAUUGAAAUCCUCACUUCCAGAAGAGAUGACGAGAAGGCCGGUUGCCAUGGAUACUUGCAUGACUCGGACACGUGAUGCGCUGCAAUGUGACAUCCUAAAACAGCUGUAGGAGUUCAUUAAAGAAGCAACCAAGUCAAUCUCAACAAGUCAAUCCCCCCUCCCUAUUAUUAUGGAAGGAGGGAACUUAAUCACACAGUACAGGACGUAACAUGAAGCCAAUGCGGAAGUGCCUUAAACCUGCAUUCUCUCUUAUGACCACAAGAGGGCUGGUUAUAGAAAUAAACCUCCGUUUCCAUU